CCAUGCCCAUUAGCAGUCAUUUCCCACUUCACCCAACCUCCUGCAGCUGUUGUCCUAGGCAGCCUCUAAUCCAUGUUCCAUAUUCAGGCAUCUUCCACUUCCGGUGGUUUCAUGUAAGUGGAGUCAUACACUAUGUGGUCUUUUGUGACUGGCCUAUUUCACCUACCAUAAUGGCUUUUUCUUUUCUUUUUUUUUUUUAAGAUGGAGUCUCACUCUAUCACCCAGGCUGGAGUACAGUGGCGUGACCAUGGCUCAUUGCAGCCUCUGCCUCCUGGGUUGCAGAGAUUCUCCUGCUUCAGCCUCCCAGGUGACUGUGAUUACAAGCAAGUACCAUCACACCCGGCUAACUUUCCUAUUUUGAGUAGAGAUGAGGUUUCACCAUGUUGGCCAGCUGGCCUUGAACUCUUGACCUCAGGUGAUCUACCUGCCUCAGUUUCCCAAAGUGCUGGGAUUACAGGUGUGAACCACCGCACCCAGCUCACCUAGCAUAAUGUUUUUAAUGUUGAUUGCUAUUUCUUUCUUGAAUGGAAAUUUCCCUUUUAAGAAGAAGGAAACCGUUCCUAGAGAUCUCUCAGCAGACUUCUUUUUAAGACUGUUCUAAAUCGAGCGACAUGAUCUAUUCCUAAUCUAGUCACUGGAGACGGAAGAGGAAUGACUGUGAUUCCCUAAAAAAAUCUCUAGAAGAUGAUGGUGUUCUUUAAAACACUUCGAAAUCAUUGGAAGAAAACCACAGCUGGGCUUUGCCUGCUGACCUGGGGAGGCAAUUGGCUCUAUGGAAAACACUGCAUUUGCAAUGGUGUGCCACUUCUUUAAAAGGAUCUGUGAAUUCUUUCGAUUUUCCUGGUACAUUCCUGUGGUGGUUCUUGGAACAAAAGAUCACAGUAUGAGUCUCUACUCACUGUCCAGUGAUAACCUGCUUAGGAGAGCAGCCUGUCAAGAAGCUCAGGUGUUUGGCAAUCAACUCAUUCCUCCCAAUGCACAAGUGAAGAAGGCAACUGUUUUUCUCAAUCCUGCAGCUUGCAAAGGCAAAGCCAGGAAUCUAUUUGAAAAAAAUGCUGCCCCGAUUUUACAUUUAUCCGGCAUGGAUGUGACUAUUGUUAAGACAGAUUAUGAGGGACAAGCCAAGAAACUCCUGGAACUGAUGGAAAACACAGAUGUGAUCAUUGUUGCAGGAGGAGAUGGGACACUGCAGGAGGUUGUUACUGGAGUUCUUCGACGAACAGAUGAGGCUACCUUCAGUAAGAUUCCCAUUGGAUUUAUCCCACUGGGAGAGACCAGCAGUUUGAGUCAUACCCUCUUUGCCGAAAGUGGAAACAAAGUCCAACAUAUUACUGAUGCCACGCUUGCCAUUGUGAAAGGAGAGACAGUUCCACUUGAUGUCUUGCGGAUCAAGGGUGAAAAGGAACAGCCUGUGUUUGCAAUGACCGGCCUUCGAUGGGGAUCCUUCAGAGAUGCUGGCGUCAAAGUUAGCAAGUACUGGUAUCUUGGUCCUCUAAAAACCAAAGCAGCCCACUUUUUCAGCACUCUUAAGGAGUGGCCUCAGACUCAUCAAGCCUCUAUCUCGUACACGGGACCUACAGAGAGACCUCCCAGUGAACCAGAGGAGACACCUGUACAAAGGCCUUCUUUGUACAGGAGAAUAUUACGAAGGCUUGCAUCCUUCUGGGCACAACCACAGGAUGCCCUUUCCCAAGAGGUGAGCCCAGAGGUCUGGAAAGAUGUGCAGCUGUCCACAAUUGAACUGUCCAUCACAACACGGAACAAUCAGCUUGACCUGACGAGCAAAGAAGAUUUUAUGAACAUCUGCAUUGAACCUGACUCCAUCAGCAAAGGAGACUUUAUAACUAUAGGAAGUCGAAAGGUGAGGAACCCCAAGCUGCAUGCUGAGGGCACGGAGUGUCUCCAAGCCAGCCAGUGCACUUUGCUUGUCCCCGAGGGAGCCGGGGGCUCUUUUAGCAUCGACAGUGAGGAGUAUGAAGCAAUGCCUGUGGAGGUGAAACUGCUCCCCAGAAAGCUGCAGUUCUUCUGUGAUCCUAGGAAGAGAGAGAUGCUGGGAAGCCCCACCCAGUGAGCAGGCAGAAGAUAAGUGCUCUGUGACCACACUUUAGGCCACCGGUGGGACCGAAAGGAAACAGGUGCCUCAACCAUCCCAACAGUGUUGUCAGAGGGUCCCAAGGGCAUUUUCAGGCAAGUACCCCUCUACCCUCUCCAGCAGUGCUUCCCAGUGUGCCCUGUCACCUGCUUUGCAAUCGGCUUUGUUAGCGCAUGUUUUAUUUUGGUGUGAUGGUCGACCCUCCUAAACACGAACUUUCCUCAGGCUGGUUCAAGAUGGAAAAAGACUUUCUUCUGAUUUCUUCUGAAGUGCAACCACAGUGGAGGGCCCACAGUGGGCUUAGCCUGCCUAAGCCCCAUUCUUGUUCUGCUCUUUGACCGUGCUAGUAAUUCCGGGGAAAGUGCCUUACUUCCCUGGUGACCCUUUCCUACUUCUAGGCUCUUCCAUGGGUGCUGCUAUUUUGUGAGCUCCGGCUUCUGUUUAGCUUUUAUUUCAGUUCUCUAUCCUCAGUCCAGAAAUGUAUGUGAGGUUGUUUCCACCUCCAGCCAUGGCUACAAUACUGUAAAAUGCUAGUUUUUAUUUUUUUAAGUAGUGCUUCCUAAACGGUUUGCAUGAGAGCCACCUGGGAUGCAUGUUGAAAAUUUAUUUGGGGUCCACCCCAAACCCAAUAACCCAAUUUGGGGAAGGGGCCCAGGAGUGUGCAUUUUUUAAAAGUUGGCCACCCUUCCCAGGUGAUUCUGUAAGUUGUCCCUCAACCAUACUUGGAGAAAUAAUAGUGUUUUAAAAAACAGUGGUCCACAAAGUAUUCUGCUCAUGUGCCCCCAAAAGUAUUCUGAAAAAUCAUGUAUCCCCUCACCCAUCUAAGUUGCCAUCUAAAAAUUUUCAUGGGAAGUUAAAUAGUUGACAAAGUAUGUAUUUGCUGGUGUUGUGUAAAUAUUGUUAUUUUAAAAUAAAAACUGUUAUAUCACUAUUUUAAACAUAUCCAGUACCAUUUAAAUAUCAACAAUUUGACACCCUUCAUUCAUUAUAAAAAUAAAUGAGCUAGUUUUUUAUAGUUGAACAUUUUAAAUUGGCUUUUCUCCUUCUGUAUUUCCAUACCACUUUCAGCCAAGAGUCCUGUCAUAAUGUAAUCUAGGAUGCCUGACAUCUUUUAACGUAAUCUAUUCAUCAUUCACCCCAUUAUCUUCUUGUCAACAAAAAAUAUAAAUGGAAGUUUUUUUAGUUCUUCUGUUAUUUAGGUCCAGAACAAAUGUUAUCAUUAUUGGUAUAUAAUGAAAAUAUUAAUUCUGAUGAUUAAAAGUUGUUUUAUUAGAAUGUUCCUUAACCUAAUUAGUUCAUUUGUCCAAGAGUACAUGAAUGUUAUUUACAGCUGAGAUGGGGUUCAACCUCAGUUGUAUUCCUUGUUUCAUUUCUUUAUAGACGUAAGCACGUAAAUUCUAUGGGAAUAGAAAGAAGUAUGUUACCAA